AUGCGCUUAGCAUUCCUACUUCUAUGCUACUCAUCAGUGGUCAGAGCAUGUCCGAAAGAAUGCAUGUGCUCUGGAUUGGAUGCGCAUUGCGAAGGCAAAGGUGAGCUUUUUUAGGUUUUUAACUUUUCAUGUGUUUCGUUCAGACUUGACAACCAUUCCAAAGGACAUUCCCAUUUCCACCACUAACCUAUACCUUGCAAACAAUCAACUUACAUCUCUGAGCAAGGCUGACUUUCAUGACUUGCCCAAUCUGCAGUAUUUGGAUGUCCAAAAUAACUCUAUUCGGAAUAUCGAGGAGGUAUGUAUUUCUAAAUUUCUAUGUAUUAAAACCUGAAAAAGUUCUGCUAUUCUUAGACUCUCAUUGACUCAAUUCCCGGGUUGAAGUAUCUGGAUAUUUCCAAAAACAAGAUCAGAUCGCUAUCAAAACUCUCUACUGCCCCGAACGCCCUUGUUAGCUUGAAUUUGGGAGCGAACGAAAUCUCCAAGUUGGAUAGUGAUGUGAGAAGAAAAUCAGUUUUUGAAUGUUCCUCAAGUUCUAAUUUCAGUUGAUUUCUAACAGUCCGUACCUUCAAACAUUCUAUCUUCAACGCAAUCGAGUUCAGUCUUUACCGCAUGACUUUUUCAACUCACGAAUGAUUCCGACGAUCAAGAAUGUGAAAAUGGCUGGAAACCCAUGGAGUUGCGAUUGCAGGUGAGAAUUCCAGUGGAAACUGAAUCAUACCCGUUUUUUUCACAGACUGACUCAUCUGAAGCAGUUUGCCGAGUCUCUGUUUGCGCAUUCCAGUCAAAAUAUGUUCGUCGUUGGAAAAUGCUAUUUCCCGAAAGAUUUACGCAACCAAAUAUUCAGAAACGUAUGUGUUGUUUGUUGCAAUUCAUGUUCAGGUGCAUUUUCUUUUAGUUAUCAUUGGAAAGUUUGAAAUGCGAAAAGCCAAUAUACAGUAAGAGUGACGAUGGAAUGUAUAAGAUGAGCUGUCCAAACAAUGAGAUGGAGUCUUAUCACUACGACCCGAUUUUCUUGGAAAAGUGAGGAAACGAGUAAAAGUUGUUUGCCUAUUUGGUUUCAAUUUUCAGCAACAAAGAUGCUCGUCAUACUGCUCAUUUCUCUCGGGACAAAGAUGGUUCCCUCCUCUCCAAUGGCCAAUUCACUAGAAACUAUCAAUGCGCAUUUUACCGCCAGAAACAGUCCGUGCACACUCAGCCAAAAAAAUCUCCUGCUGUAGUGUCAACCACGCCACCAACCACAACGACGACCACCACAACUACAACAAUGUUAACUACGACUGAAAUUCCAGAAGUCGAGUCAGCUCUAAUGUUUGUGCACAAACAACCAGACACUUCCUCUCGUGACGGAGAAACAUUGGAACUGAAUUGUGAAGCAACUGGAACACCAACCCCUUCUAUCGCGUGGAUGUUUGGAGAAGAAGUGAGCAAUUAUUAUUUUCAUUUUUGUUAGAAUUUUUCAUUUUUUUUAUUAUCUUUCAGAUUAUUAUGGAGUCUCGCAAGCACAAAUUGACUAAAAAUGGAACGGUCUUGAAAGUUUUUCCGUUCUUGAAUACAGACGCUGGACAAUACAAGUGCACAGCGAGUAAUGACAAAGGCUCAGAGACGCACAUGUUCACUGUCACAUUGGUUGAAAGGUGCCCAUUACUUGAGAUGUAUGUGCUCAUAAAAUGAUUUCAGUGAGCCACCAAUGAUAGUUGACCCGCCGAUGAACACGAAUGCAACGAUUGGCCAGCAAGUGACCCUUAGAUGCUAUGCCAAAGGACUCCCGGCCCCUGACGUCUUUUGGUUGUUCGAAGGAACUCGUGUUCCACGUAGAAACACUAGAUACACGGUACGAUGCACAACAAUUUUUGUAUCAACAGAAAUGUUAAUGUUAUGAUUCCAGAUUUCUGACAAUAACGUGGAGCUGACCAUUGAAAAAGUGACAAGGCACGAUUCUGGAGUGUUUACGUGUCAGGCCGUAAACAGUGUCGGUUCCGCUGUGGCGACCGCCAACUUAUUGGUCGGCGCUGAACUGACCGAGAAAGUUGAUAAACUUUUGAAUGACUCUACAAUCGAAAAGAUUGCGAAAGAGGCAAAGCAGAAAGUUGAAAGGUAUGAGCGGUCCAGAUAUCAAGUUGAAAAUCACAGUUUUAGUGCAUUGGCAUCUACAAACGAUCAGCGGAAAAUGGAUAAAAUUGAAAGUCCACACGAUUUGAAAAAGCUGUUCAAGUUUGCAUUGCCCCUGAAGAAAGUGGACCUGGGCAAGGCUAGGGAAAUCUACGAGGAGAGCAUUCGUCUCGUUCAGAUGCAUAUUGACAACGGUACCGACAACGAAUCAAAGUUGUAAAAUUCCGAUGAGUUUGUUCAGGUCUCGCAUUCGAAGCAACUAAUAUCUCUCCAAACGUGUCUUAUGAAGCUGUGCUUCCAGUUUCAUACGUUCAAACUCUCAUGGAAAAGUCUGGUUGUCAAACUGGUCAGUUUGCAGAAAGUUGCGAAGACCAUUGUUUCUUCUCCAAAUAUAGGUAAGAAUGCUAAAAAUAGAAAAGAUUACGAAUGAUGAUGAAAUAGUCUAGAAGUGCAACAUUUCUUUCUGUCUUCAAAUAUCAAAUAACCUUGAACAAAAUGGCAUUUGCAGAUCGUACGACGGACAAUGCAAUAAUUAUGAACAUCCCUGGUGGGGAGUAUCCGAAAUGGCUUUCAUGAGACUGCUGCCACCCCGUUAUGAAAACGGAUUCAACACGCCAGUUGGAUGGGAAAAGGGAAAGCUCUACAAUGGAUAUGAAUUGCCAAAUGCCAGAAAGGUGUCAAGGGUUCUUAUUGGGAGCGAUGAGAUCACGCCUCAUAGUCACUUGAGUGCAAUGACCAUGCAGUGGGGCCAAUUUAUUGGUGAGGACUCAAAUAUCCAGGGUUUUUACUUUGUUAAAUUAUUAAUUUCAGAUCACGAUCUGACUCUCACGGCGCCUGCUCUCACUCGUCACAGCUACAAAGAAGGCGCUUUUUGCAACAGAACUUGUGAAAAUGCCGAUCCGUGCUUCAAUAUCCAAUUGGAAGCUGACGAUCCGAAAUUGCACAUUGGUCUCUAUCAAAAACAUCCAUGCAUGGAGUUUGAGAGGAAUGGAGCAGCUUGUGGAAGCGGAGAGACUUCUCCGAUCUUCCAAAGAGUCACCUAUCGCGAUCAGCUCAACGUCCUCACUUCCUAUCUCGAUGCUUCUGGAAUCUACGGGAACAGUGAAGAACAAGCAUUGGAGCUCCGCGACUUGUACAGUGAUCACGGACUUCUUCGAUUCGAUAUUGUUUCUGCGUAGGUACCUCGUUAGAUCAUCCAACAUAACAUCUGUUUGCAGAGCUAACAAACCGUACAUGCCAUUCGAAAGAGAUUCCGACAUGGAUUGCCGCCGUAAUUACUCCCGCGAGAACCCGAUCAAAUGCUUCCUGGCCGGAGAUAUCAGAGCAAAUGAGCAGGUCGGUUCGGAUUUGACGCAAUCCCUCCAAUUAUAUCCAUUUUCGUUCUAUUGCAGCUGGGUCUUAUGAGCAUGCACACCAUAUUUAUGAGAGAACACAAUCGGAUUGCUUCAAAAUUGUUGGAGGUCAACGAGAAUUGGGAUGGAGAGACUAUUUUCCAAGGUUUUGUGGAAAAAGAAGACAAUGACCCAUGGAAAAAGUGUUUCAGAAACAAGAAAGAUCAUUGGCGCCAUGCUUCAACACGUUACUUAUACUGACUGGCUUCCGAAAAUUCUUGGAAAAGCCACGUACAACACGAUUAUUGGAGAGUACAAAGGUUACAAUCCCGAAACCAAUCCGACAAUUGCAAAUGAAUUCGCGACGGCUGCACUCCGAUUUGCUCAUACUCUCAUCAAUCCACAUCUGUUCAGAUUUGAUAAAGAUUUUAAGGAAAUUAAAGAAGGACAUUUGCCAUUGCAUAACGUGAGUUGCCAAUUUGUUUGAAACGCUCAAUUCACAAAUUUUUUCAUUCAGGCAUUCUUCGCUCCGGAGAGAUUGGUGUCUGAAGGUGGUGUAGACCCAUUGCUGCGAGGAUUGUUCGCCGCACCCAUCAAACUUCCGAGACCUGAUCAAAUUUUGAACAAAGAACUGACCGAAAAACUAUUCAAUCGUUACCAUGAAGUGGCUCUAGACUUGGCAGCACUCAACAUUCAGAGAGGAAGAGACCACGGACUGCCAACGUGGACCGAAUACCGAACGUUCUGCAAUCUGACUGUCCCAAAAACGUGGGCGGAUAUGAAAAGCAUAAUUCAGAACGACACGGUCAUUUCCAAACUGCAAUCUCUUUACGGUGUUCCUGGUAAUGAUAUGCACCAAUAGUCAGAAUGCGAUCAUCGAUCUUGCAGAGAACAUUGAUCUCUGGGUUGGUGGGGUCGCUGAGAAGAGAACAGCCGAAGCAUUAAUGGGCCCGACGCUCGCGUGCAUUAUAGCCGAUCAGUUCCGACGACUGAGAGAUGGAGAUCGGUUCUGGUACGAGAAUGAAGAAGUGUUUUCCAAAUCCCAAUUGCGUCAAAUCAAGAAAGUAACACUGUCAAAGAUCGUUUGCACAAACGGUGACGACAUCGACCGAAUUCAGGUUUGUCGGGAAAUCCCUUCUUUUCUGCGGCGCGCGUUUCAUAUCAUCAUUUUCAGAGAGACAUUUUUGUCUACCACGGGAAUAGCACACAGUUCUACGAGACGUGCGAGUCGCUGCCGGAAGUCAACCUAAACAUGUGGACAACGUGCUGUGAUGCCAUGUGCUCCUCGACCUCGACGCUGGCCCGAAACGCGAUUGGAGGUGAGGAAAAAGUGAAGAAACGGAAGAGAAGACACCACCCGAAGAAAAGCUGUCAUGACGAGGGGAAGAGAAGGAAGAGCGGCGAGAGAUGGAAUCAUGCGAAUGAUAUGUGUGUCGAGUGCAUGUGUGAGGUAAGAAUUGGCCCGCAAAAUGAGUGGAUACAAUGAACACUUUCAGGAUGGAGAGGUUUGGUGCAAGACGAAAGACUUUUGCAAAAUAUGA